AUGGCCAUCUUCGACUGGGUUCGUCGACUUGUUGGCCAAAAGGCCACCAGGGCUGACGAGGGCUUCAUCUCCGGGGAUGUUCUUCCUAAAGUUCUCGAGCCAACAGUAUUCUCUGUUCCUAGUACCUCGUGGCCCGGCACACCAUUCCCGGAGACACCGAAUCCUGCGGUGACCUCCCCUGCUGGCAGUGAACAAACCCUGGUAUUAGAGAAGCUCCCAGAAGAAUUCGGUCGGCUGGCAUCUUGGAGAGGCUCCUUGAUUUUGCUGGUGACUUCAGGCUCCCAAUUUCUCGACAAUGUUUUCAUGACAAGUUCUAACAUGGCAUUGGCGUCGAUCCAAGAAGAAUUCGACGUAACUAGCUCCAAUCUGCAAUGGAUGAUUUCUGCAUACACCUUGACAUUUGGCGGCUUCCUAUUAUUAGCUGGAGCUUUAUCUGAUCGCUAUGGAAAAAAGAAAAUCCUUUGCCUGGGCCUUUUCUGGCUGUCUGUGUGGACAUUAGCCAUCGGAUUCGGCCGAUCAUUUAUUCAACUCACGGUCUUCCGUGGUAUCCAGGGAAUUGGCGCAGCAAUGACCGUUCCCUCAGCAAUCGGAAUCAUCAGUUCUUAUUUUACCGGUGUUGACCGUACACGAGCACUCUCGAUCUAUGCCGCCUCUGGGACCCUGGGGUUUUGCGCCGGUCUCAUCUUUGGUGGCUUCCUGACGUCUUCUUUGGGCUGGAGGUACAUAUUUUACUUUAUUGUCAUCAUUACCGGUUCCCUGGGAGUUUUGGGUUUUAUUGUUCUCCCGCGGGACCGGGUGGACACCAAAGUGAGACCCCAGAUGGAUUAUUUUGGCGCGGUUCUUUCUACAGCUGGACUAAUCCUGCUCCAAUUUGUCCUCUCUGGUGGAGGUGUUUAUGGCUGGGAUAAGCCGUUCAUCAUGGUGCUUUUGAUACUGUCAGUCGGCAUGCUGGUUAGUUUCGUACUUUGGGAAAAGUACGUUAGCAAUCCGUUGAUGCCACUUCCUCUUUGGAAGAUUCCCAACUUUGCCGGUCUCUGGGUGGCAGGAUUCACUUGCUAUGGAAGCUACCAGAACGUUAUCUACUAUAUUGUGCUAGCUGCCCAGCAAGUCGAUCAUCUCUCGGCUGGAGACACUGCUCUCCGUUUCUUGCCGAUGGGAGUGAUUGGGUUCAUUGUCUCCUUGGGGACUGGAAAACUCCUCGAGUACAUGAAUGGAAAGUACUUGCUUCUCGCAGGACUGAUCCUCACUGUUUUGGCGCCAGUCCCGAGCGCUUUGACCGUGACUUCAACCACCGAUUUUUGGGUGAAUGUCCUCGCUACCUCCCUCAUCAGCAUUUCUGCCGUUUCUCUUAUUUUUGUGACGACUAGCACAACCAUCUUGACCACUGUUCCAGCGGAGGUCAAGAGUUUGUGUGGUGGAAUGUUGAACACUGCAUUCCAGAUUGGCUCUGGUGUCGCGCUGGCCAUAUCCGCCGCAACUACUGAAGCAGUCGACAUCGAAAAGGAACACAGCGUUGCACAGCAAUACUCUACCGGGCUCUGGUGCUCUACCGGACUGGCCGGCCUUGGCCUCAUUAUUGGUCUCAUCGCCGUCAGACGAAGGGGGAUUAGUCCCGAAGACAGAAUCGGUGGGGCAGUGGCUUUGUGA